AUACCCAAAAGCCGCUCAUCGUCAUCAAGCUCCUCAAGACUCCCCGACACAAAAUUUACCAAUGGCCCCCUCCAAGAAGUCCAAGGCAACCAAGUCGUCCGAGUCUAUCUCGUCUCGUCUUGCUCUUGUCGUCAAGUCGGGGAAGUACACCCUUGGUUACAAGUCUGCACUGAAGCAGAUGCGCAGUGGUAAAGCCAAGCUCGUUUUGAUUGCUGGUAACUGCCCACCACUGCGUAAAUCUGAGCUCGAAUACUAUGCCAUGUUGUCGAAGACGACCGUGCACCACUUCUCUGGCACGAACGUCGCACUUGGCACCGCCGCCGGAAAGCUUUUCCGUGUCGGGGUCAUGACUGUCACCGAUCCUGGAGAUUCCGAUCUCCUCACCUUUGCAGAGGGAAGCGCUGCAUAGGUCCAAAAUUGCGGUGAGGUGCCGGGAGCAUAGGUUUAUGCGCUCUAUUAUAGCUAUAUUUCGUGCAUCAACAUGAUAACCCUUAUGUUUACUACCUGUCAUUCAUGCAAUGUAAGGAAACUGCAAAUCUUUGAGAGGAUAUAUUAUAUUUUCUGGUCUGC